AUGGCGGCCUCUCUCUACUCCCAAUCCAUCCCCGUGCUCAUCAAGCACAUGAAGAACCUCUCGGGCUACCUGACAAAAGGUCUCGCCUACGCCGAGCAGCAGAAGAUGAAGCACGAGUACAUGAUCAACUACCGCCUCAUUCACGACAUGCGAGGCCUCGCCUACCAAGUCCAGUCCUGCUCCAACACUGCCAAAUUCCUCCCCUUCCGCCUCGGCCUGGUGGAAAAAGACACCUACUUCCCCGACGACGAGAGCACCUUCGAAGAACUGCAAGCCCGCAUCACAGCCACCAUCCAGCUGCUCGAAAGCAUCGACGAGAAGGCGAUGAAUGCCCUCGAGGCCAAGCCCGUCAUCAUGGCCACGCGCACCAUGGGCACGUACAAGUUCGCCAGCCCGCAGACGUAUAUUGCCGAUUAUGCGAUGCCGAACUUUUACUUCCACGUCACGUCGGCGUAUUGCAUUUUGCGCACGUUAGGGGUGCCGGUGAGUGCGUUUGAUUUUCACGGGAAGAGCACGUUUGUGAAGGUUGAGGAGUAA